AUGGCAGCAAUCGACCCCAUGAUCCCCUCGCAAUUCGCGUCCGAAGAACCAGACCCCGAACCAGAACUAGAACCUGGACGCUCGGAACAUCCCACCGAAGAACCAGGCCAAAAGCAGCAGAAGCAGCAGAAGCAGCAGAAGCAACAGCCUGCUAAGGACGCCCCAAUCUUGCACCACAACGCCCUCCUCGAACAGCAACCGCUCACCAUGAAAUAUCUCGAGGACGAUAAUAUUGACUACCGUAAGCGUCAGCGUCACAAUGACAAUGACAUUGCCUGCCACAACCAUCACUAUCCAUUUACCUCCGACGCCACCGAUGACACCAAGACCAACACCAAGAACACCCAAGACACCCAAAACACCAAGAAAACCAAGAACACCAAAUACACCACAACAGCUACUGCUACUCCUACUGUAAUUCCCACUUCUACAGAUGCUACUCAAGCAACCGGCCCCCUCUCCCGCCUCACACACCUCAUCCUCGCCCACCCGGUGCUCGCCACCUUCCUGGCCGCACAGGUGCUCUGCUCCGGCAUCCCUGUGUGCCUGUUCCUGGGCGGCGUGCUGGUGGCGGCCUUCAUUGCGGGGGCGGUGUUCGCGGGCUUGGCGAUGUUGGUGAUGGGGCCUGUGUUGGUGGGGACGGGGUGUUUGGGGGUGGGCGUUUGGGGCUUUGGGUGGGCGGUUUUUGUGCUGGGGAGGGUCGUGGGGAGGGUUUUGAGGGGGGAGUCUGUAGAAGUGUUUGGGUGGGGGUUGGGGGUUUGGGGGGGUGCGGAGGGAGGACGGGGGGAGGGGGACGGGAGGGUUAAGGGUUAG